CUCUACGUCAUGCUAAACAAGCGGGUCGGAUGUCUGGACCGCGAGGUGUCCGAGCAGGUCAACACCUUCAUCCAGUCCAUAGCCACCAUGUUCCUCACGGGUCACCAGCUCAUGGUCUACGCCAGCCUCCACAAGUUCCUGCGCACCCGCCCGUGGAGGCAGCACGUGGAGUCCUGGGACAAGAUUUACGACUUCGGUGCGUCAAUGUGCCCUGUCAUGUGUCCUGUCAUGUGUCAUGUCGUGUGUCCUGUAAUGUGUCCUGUAAUGUGUCAUGUAAUGUGUCCUGUAAUGUGUCCUGUAAUGUGUCAUGUAAUGUGUCCUGUAAUGUGUCCUGUCAUGUGUCCUGUCAUGUGUCCUGUCAUGUGUCCUGUCAUGUGUCCUGUCAUUUGUCAUGUCAUUUGUCGUGUCAUUUGUCAUGUCAUUUGUCGUGUCAUUUGUCCUGUCAUUUGUCCUGUCAUUUGUCCUGUCAUUUGUCCUGUCAUUUGUCCUGUCAUUUGUCCUGUCUUUUGUCCUGUCAUUUGUCCUGUCAUUUGUCCUGUCAUUUAUCCUGUCAUUUGUCCUGUCAUUUGUCCUGUCAUUUGUCCUGUCAUUUGUCCUGUCAUGUGUCCUGUCAUGUGUCCUGUCAUGUGUCCUGUCAUUGUCCGAGGGGGCAAAUAGCCUUAACAUGGAGAGGAAAAAUAGCCUUAACAUGGAGGGGGCAAAUAGCCUUAACAUAGAGGGGGUAAAUAGCCUAAACAUAGAGGGGUAAAUAGCCUUAACAUGGAAGGGUCAAAUAGCCUUAACAUGGAGGGGGCAAAUAGCCUUAACAUAGAGGGGCAAAUAGCCUUAACAUGGAGGGGGCAAAUAGCCUUAACAUAGAGGGGACAAAUAGCCUUAACAUGGAGGGGACAAAUAGCCUUAACAUGGAGGGGGCAAAUAGCCUUAACAUGGAGGGGACAAAUAGCCUUAACAUGGAGGGGGCAAAUAGCCUUAACAUGAAGGGGGCAAAUAGCCUUAACAUGGAGGGGGGCAAAUAGCCUUAACAUGGAGGGGGCUAAUAGCCUUAACAUAGAGGGGACAAAUAGCCUUAACAUGGAGGGGACAAAUAGCCUUAACAUGGAGGGGACAAAUAGCCUUAACAUGGAGGGGACAAAUAGCCUUAACAUGGAGGGGACAAAUAGCCUUAAGAUGGAGGGGGCAAAUAGCCUUAACAUGGAGGGGGGCAAAUAGCCUUAACAUGAAGGGGGAAAAUAGCCUUAACAUGGAGGGGGCUAAUAGCCUUACGAUUGAGGAGAGGCGCUUGCACAAGAAAGUCAAAGAUGUUCAACUGUUGUCUCCCUGUAGCGGCGGAGCACAUCAACCAGAGAAUUGACGAGGUGACCAAAGAGCUGGACACAGGGGUGCCGCCCGUGGAGGGCGAGCACGUGGACUUCAUGAAGUACGUUGUCGGCACCCACCAGCUGAGCAGAAACGAGAUCGUCGACAACAUCAUCGAAGUGUUCAUGGGCGGCAUCGACACGGUGGGUGUUCAUUUGAUUGAUUCGGUGAACAUUUUUAGAGCCCUUGAGGCGACAGCUAUCUCAAAUUUGCUCAAUGAACUUUUCCUUUCUGUUAAAACUAUUUGAUUGAUUAUAGUUGGAAGGUUUAUUUGUUGUUGUUUUUUGGUGUUUUUUUGAGUUCCUAAAUUAUAAUUAUUUUUUAAAAUGAUACUUUGACAGACUGCCAACUCGCUGGCCUUCCUGUUCUACCUGCUGUCCAAAAACGAGGCCGUCCAGGCGAGACUGGUGGCCGAGAUCGACAACGUCCUGGGCAGACGUCAGGCCGGGAGCGCCGACCUGCAGAACAUGCCGUUUCUCAAGGCGUGCGUCAAGGAGACGCUGCGACUCUUCCCGCCCAUUCCCAUGAACGCACGGACCACCACCGAGGACACCUCGGUUGGAGGCUACUUCAUCCCCAAGGACGUGAGUUCAGAGUUCAAGGCUGUCACGUGACUCCGUGUGAACUCAUUUCGAUGGUAUAAUGAAGUGGGCGUAUUAAGGAGAUGCUGAAAUAAAGUGGGCGUAAUAGGGAGACGCUGAAAUGAAGUGGGCGUAAUCGGGAGAUGCUGAAAUGAAGUGGGCGUAAUGAGUAGAUGCUAUAAUUAAGUGGGCGUAAUGAGUAGAUGCUGAAAUGAAUUGGGCGUAAUGAGUAGAUGCUAUAAUUAAGUGGGCGUAAUGAGUAGAUGCUAUAAUGAAGUGGGCGUAAUGAGUAGAUGCUGUAAUGAAGUGGGCUUAAUCAGUAGAUGCUAUAAUGAAGUGGGCGUAAUGAGUAGGUGCUAUAAUGAAGUGGGCGUAAUGAGUAGAUGCUAUAAUGAAGUGGACGUAAUGAGUAGAUGCUAUAAUGAAGUGGACGUAAUGAGUAGAUGCUGCAAUAAGGUGGGUGUAUUGGGUAGAUGCUGAAAUGAGGUGGGCGAAUUAAGCAGAUACUGGAGUGAAGUGGUGGUAGUGAGUGGAUGCUGUAGUGAAGUGGGCGUAGUGAGUGGAUGCUGUAGUGAAGUGGUGGUAGUGAGUGGAUGCUGUAGUGAAGUGGUGGUAGUGAGUGGAUGCUGUAGUGAAGUGGUGGUAGUGAGUGGAUGCUGUAGUGAAGUGGUGGUAGUGAGUGGAUGCUGUAGUGAAGUGGUAGUAGUGAGUGGAUGCUGUAGUGAAGUGGGCGUGAUGGGAAUUUAACGGCACGACAUUUAGAAUGAAUCAUGGGAAUGACUCAACCUUGAAUGUUGACUAAGACACUCAGGGCGUACAUACCUUUCAUAUUUAGAGCCCACAUGGAUCAAUGGAUAUAUUUAUACAUGGUUGUCGCACCACAGGGAUGGGUGCAUGGAUAUAUUUAUACAUUUGCUGUAGCGCCACAGGCAUGGAAUGAGGGAUAUCUUUAUACACGGGCUGUAGCGCCACGUGGAUGAAUGGAUGGAUAUCUUUAUACACGGGCUGUAUCGCCACAUGGAUGGAUGGAUAUCUUUAUACACGGGCUGUAUCGCCACAUGGAUGGAUGGAUAUAUUUAUACACGGGCUGUAUCGCCACAUGGAUGGAUGGAUGGAUAUCUUUAUACACGGGCUGUAUCGCCACAUGGAUGGAUGGAUGGAUAUAUUUAUACACGGGCUGUAGGGACACAUUUUAAGUAAUUAUUUGAUUUGUUUUUUAUGAUUUGAGUUUUGAUUGUUUUUUUCCUUAUAUUGUGUAUACCUCAAAAUAUUAACAAAAUGCAAAUUUUUCUUCACGGCAGACGAUUAUAAUGCUGAACCUCUACGUCAUGUCACGAGACGAGACGAUUUUCACGGAGCCCGACCAGUUCAAACCGGACAGGUGGCUCAGGGGUGACCAGGACGAGACGAAUGCA